GGCGGAUCAUGUGGCAGUGUUAUUGUUUUGCUCGUGUGAGUGGCACGUUCUCUGUGGAAUUCUUGGUAAUGUUUUCGUUUCUUUCAGCCGUCCCACCUUGCAAUUGUUGCUCCAUGUUUAAUUUAUCCACGCUGCAGCAGCCGUGAAACGGUUGUUGUUUAUCCACCGUAAGACAAUAUAAAUCCGUUCUGGUCCCUUGACAAAGUUGAGGGCACCCUAGUGAUGGGAAGUGCCUAUUACUCCAGCCCAAGUAAGGUCUCGUCACUGUGGUAUUCGUGGUCAGUCGUGGGUGGAAUGUAGACCAUCAGAAUCUCCCGUCUUCGCUCGCAUGGCUGACUGGCGCACGCAAGAGCCGCAAUGCCCCAUUCAUGCUCGGUGGUGGGAUGCAAUAACUGGGACCGCCCCAAGGAUGCCCUCUUUCACCGAUUUCCAAAGGAGGAAGAAACAAGGAAAGAGUGGAUCGUCUUGUGUGGGAAGAAAAAAGUGAACUUCGUAACUGAAAGAAUCUGCAGUAUCCAUUUUGAGAAAACAGACUAUGAAAGGAAGCUGAAAUAUGAAAUGCUAAAUCUGCCAGUUCCUCGACGCUUGAGAACCUUGAAGAAGGAUGCAAUACCAUCGAAACAUAUUCCAAAAGUAAAAGAUGACGAUCAACCCUCUGAGGAUGAGAACACAGAGGCUGCCAAAAGAAAACAGCAUCUAUCACAGAAAGAAACUGAAUCUAAGAAAGAGAAACCGCCCUCAUGCAAGAAAAGGAAAGUGUUUAGGGAGACAGAGCAGGAGAAUGUCUUUGUUGUUGACGGCAUCGACACCGGCACUCAAGACAGAGCAUGCAAGAAAGAGGUCUCAUCUCAGGUAGAAGUUGGUGAUACGGACCCUCUCGGAGAAAGCGCGUCUAUCAAACAGGAAAGCAUUGACUGUGAAGAGGGAGAAGAUAGAUUAUCUUCUCCCUCUUCAGAAAACAAAGACUUGAAUUUCAGCAAAAUACUGCAAGUCAAGGAGGAAGUCACCAUAAAGGAGGAACACAUAGAAGUUUUUGAUUACACUGACUGGGUUUGAGGUUGAGUCUUAUGUAGUAGAGAAGGGAUAUUUCUGGCUACACGAACACAGUGAUAAGCUUCUGGCUACUUCAUUGUACAGUCUAUGUUUGCCUUUUUCAAUGUCCCUAGACCUCAACAUAAGAAAUGAAGUAUCAACCUAUGAUAUGGGUCCAAGAAAAGCAUGGAGGCAGUCAUUGAAGAUUUCUAUAGUUAUGCCACGUAACAGCGAGUUGCAGUGCAAAGACUUGGUUUUGCAGUGGAGCAACUGCUUUGAGACAUUGUAGCAUUCCUCAAAAUAUUACAUGGCUUUGAAGAUUCUAAUUGAAAAUAUCAGUGGCUGCAGGUAAUCAGACAAGUAAAGAUGAAAUACAAACUGAGGGACCCAAUAGUACAGAAAUUCAACAAGACUAUAUGGAUUCAUCUUUGUCUUGAUAUACUGUAUUGCAUGUAGUCAGCAGACAAGGAGAAAGCCUUUUUGUAAAAGGAGAUGAAUUAUAGGCAAAAUAGAAAUAAAAAUUACAGCAACUAUUUUCUGUUUAAGCUCAGGAAAGGAAAAACUGGGAGUUCUACCCCAGCUUCAGAAGUACUAUGAUUUGCCAAGUCUCUUCUGAGAAAAAAUAAUUGAUUGCUGCUGAAGGCACCAACUUUCAAUAAAAACAAUUAGAAAUAUUGUAAUAAAGUUUGACAAAUGUGAAAAAAGAAGACAUUUGAUAUUUGUUGACACUGCUAGCACAUUUCAUCAGUUGAUGGGAUUUAGGCUUCCCUGUGAAGAAGGCUAUUGUGAUUAUAACAAAGAAAUCAAGAAAAGAAUUUGGAGAUGGCCCCAUACUGUGACCAGCCAUAGCAGUGGUACAGCAGUUGCGAUGGAAAGUGGUGGACCUGCCGAGUAAUUGAUCAGUGAGCUUCUUUGCAACUUGACUUAUUCUCCAUUCACCUGUUAAUUUAAGCAAAGGUAUCUGUAUGUGCAGAGAAUGAACAUCUGGAUCAACAUCUUGAAGAAUUUCGUCUGAAAAGGCUGUCUGAUUUACUUUUAUUGAUUGUUAGUAUUUAUUACAAUGAACAAAAGUGUACAUGUUAAAGAAAAUAUAUUUUCCUUAAGAUA